AGCUGUUUGCGAUGCCCUGGAAAGAAAAAGAAAGCCGGUUCCAACAGCGACUCUGGGGAAUGCACUCUCGGCCCCCCUGCCAUGCUUACUUAAGCUAAUGGAAGGUCUUGCCUUUCAGAAGCCGCUGCACUGGGAUACCAGACAAACAGCUCCCCUCGAUCCCAGGCAGGCAGGGCCCCUCUUCAGGACAUCAUUAAAAGCACAUGCACUUGCUCCACAUCCAUUGGCAGAUGGUGGCAAGAUUCAAGACUCCUACCCUGAAGUCAAGGAGAAGCCAUCGCGGUGGAAAACAUCCUCGCUUUGAAAAUCCAACACGAAAUUAAAGAACUACACGAGAUAAGGAGCCUGGAGAACAUUAGUUGGCUGCAGGGGUGAAGACAGACACAAAAAGCACAGCAGGUAAGAGCUGGGGGUUGUUGCCAACAAGGAACUGUCCCGGGUGGCGCAGAGAAAAGGAUCUCAGAACUGGAGGCCUGUCCCUUUGAGUCUUCCAUGCGUGCUCAAGCUUGUCAUCUUCCAUAAGCUUCGAGAGAAGGGACGUUGUCAGAGCAUUCCUUAUCGGUACGACUAAUCCUGUUAUCAGCUUGGUAUAAAUAUUUAAUGUUCCCUGGCCCUUCGGUGAUGGUGCCACAUCAGAUUCAAGGCUGUUAAGAAUCCCCACCAGCAGCCUCGCCCCUCCCUGCGGAAAACCGAUGAGAGGCAGGGCCAAGCCGAAGCGAUGGCGGCCUAUCCGGAGAGCUGCGUGGACGCUACGGUGCUGGACUUCGUCGCAGACCUGUCCCUGGCAUCCCCGAGACGCCCUCUCCUCUGCGACUUCGCACCCGGGGUCUCCUUGGGGGACCCAGCCCUUGCGCUCCGAGAGGGAAGACCCAGGAGGAUGGCGCGGUUUGAAGAGGGGGACCCAGAAGAAGAGGAGUGCGAAGUGGACAAGGGGGACGGAGAAGAGGAGGAGGAAGAGGAGCGCGGAAGAGGUGUCUCCCUAUUAGGCCGCCCCAAGAGGAAAAGGGUGAUCACCUACGCCCAGCGCCAGGCCGCCAACAUCCGCGAAAGGAAGCGGAUGUUCAACCUCAACGAGGCCUUUGACCAGCUGCGGAGGAAGGUGCCCACGUUUGCUUACGAGAAAAGGCUGUCCCGGAUCGAGACCCUCCGCCUGGCAAUCGUCUACAUCUCCUUCAUGACCGAGCUCUUGGAGAGCUGUGAGAAGAAGGAAAGCGGCUGAGCCUGGUGUGGACAGUCUGCCCUUCCUUGUCUGGUAGUGCUGGGGUGUGUCAGGACCGGGCACUGGGUGAGGCUAAAGGCCGGGAGGGACGCCCCAAGACAGAACGUCUGGCCUUCUGGAGUUCGGGGUCGAGAUUGUAAGAUCCCCAAAUCCGCUGAGCAGAGUGGCUGCUGUAGAGUUCAUAUCUACGCGACCGCCCUGAGUGAAGUCGGGGUCAGGGGCGAGCGGGGAAGUCAGAGAGCGUGAGGAUGAGUCGGGG